AUGAGUGUGAACAAGACCUCUGCAGUGGCGGAUGAACCCAUUGACGUGCUCAUCGCCCUGCACCCCAAGUUUGACAUUCUUGACCUCACUGGCCCCCUCAAGGUCUUCACCACGGCCGCUCACGACUUCAACGACGAAUCCAGCAAAGCCUUUGAGGUCACCAUUGUUGGAGACGAACCCAAGGUUCUCUCCGAGCAGGGCGCCAUCAUUGGCUCCCAAAUCACCUUCAAGGAGGCCCACGAGCGCCUCGAGGAUUUUGACAUUCUCGUCAUCCUCGGCGGCAACUCGGAGGAGAUCCUCAAGACCGAUGCUCAACCUCUCGGCCUCAUCAACGACUUUGCCGAGCUCCAGAAGCGCGACCCUGGCAGAGAACGAACUGUCCUGUCCGUCUCUGGUGGAUCUCUCUUCCUCGCCCGCGAGGGCAUCCUCUCUGGCCUUUCCGCCACCUGCCACCCAGACUACAUGACCAAGUUUGAGAACGAGUGCAGCGAUGCUGCUACCCGCAACCUCCAGGAGCGCACUGACGUUCUCGAGGACGCCCGUUACGUAGUCAACAACCUUCGUUUUGACCUCGGCGAUGAGGACGAGAACCCAUACAUUCGUCGCAAGUCCGAUGCUGGACGCCGACCCUCCCAGACUGCUCGCAAGGGUAGCAUGUCUUUCAAGGACAUGGGCCGCCGUGAGUCGAUUGCCCGCCGCGCUGCCAUGCGCCUUGGUGGUCUUCGAGUCAUUACGGCUGGGGGAAACAGCGCUGGCAUUGAUGCGGCUUUGUAUCUCGUCAGCGCUCUAGUUGAUGAUGGGUGUGCGGCGGAAGUCUCCCGGAUUAUGCAGUGGAACUGGAGCAAGGGUGUGGUUGUCGACGGUCUUGAUGUCUAA